AGGACAAAAGAGCACGGUGGAAUGGACUCUCUUGUUGAGUACGGGCCUAGUGCUUUUGCCGCAGCAUAGGAAGUUUCAAGAUAAUCUACUCAAAUCUAUAUUUUGGCGAUUUCUGAUAUCACCGACAAACAACAUAGCCUCCGUCGAAUCUCGUACUACAGAAGUACGAAGUACAUAGAUUCAAUCCUGUUUCAAGAAAUAUCAGAAACUCACAAAGAGAGAGAGAAUGAGAAUGUCCGGAGGAAUCGCGCGCGGUCGUCUCGCGGAGGAGCGAAAAGCGUGGCGGAAGAACCACCCCCAUGGUUUUGUGGCGAAGCCGGAGACCGCUUCGGACGGCUCCGUCAAUUUGAUGGUGUGGCUGUGCAUCAUCCCCGGCAAACCCUCUACUGAUUGGGAAGGUGGCUACUUUCCACUUACACUUAACUUCAGUGAGGAUUACCCCAGCAAGCCCCCGAAAUGCAAGUUCCCGCAGGGCUUUUUCCACCCCAAUGUGUAUCCUUCUGGAACUGUUUGUCUUUCAAUUCUCAACGAGGACAAAGGUUGGAGGCCGGCCAUCACAGUGAAGCAAAUCCUCGUAGGCAUUCAGGAUUUGCUAGGCCAGCCUAAUCCUGCUGAUCCGGCACAAGCCGAAGGUUAUCAACUCUUUAUCCAGGAACCAGCUGAGUACAAGCGAAGAGUGCGACAGCAGGCAAAGCAAUACCCACCUGUUCUAUAAUGUAUUGUGCUUUUACUAGAUAUGACUACAAACUCAUUGAUUUGGUCAAGGUGGUCAUGCUUAAGGCUCUCUGCAAGACGUGAUCAACCUUAUAAGUAUGUUCUCGUUUGAAUUGCAAAUAUGAUUUGGUUUUUUUUUUAAUGUUUUAUAGUCUUUGCUGUUCUGUCAGCGGACAUGCUGCUGUGUAAAUAUUCUCUGUGUUAUUGGAAGCUCUGACGCACUUCAAAUUAAGACUUCAAAACUCUAGUCUUUUUUUUUUUCUUCCCUUUUCUCUCCGAUGUAGCCAUGACAUUGACCGGUGUCUUUCGGAUGUAGCCAUGGCAUGUGUUAUAGUUUGUUGGAGUUCGCAAUCAGAGUUACGGAAUAUAUAAGUGAUUUUUGCAA